AGUUUGAACACUUGCAUUCAACGAGGAUAUAAACAGCCAUUUUGCCAAGGAUAUAAACCUCAUUCUUGGCACCUUAUUCAACCAAUACAGAAUUCUUGUGGUACUCGGUCACCAAAAUUUGCUCUUAACUUCCAUCCAUUCAAGCAAAGAUCAACAUUCACAAGGGUUUUAUGGAUCACCAAGACGGCCAAUUAGGAGCAAAAGAGCUAUUUCAAGCUCAAUCUCAUAUAUACAAACAUGUAUUCAGCUUUGCAAACUCCAUGUGCCUAAACUGUGCAGUUCAGUUGGGCAUUCCGGACAUAAUUCACAACCACAAGCAACCGAUAACUCUUCCCGAAUUAGUCUCCUCGCUCCACCUGUCGCCGGAAAAAACCAACUCUAUCCAACGGCUCUUGCGCUUAUUAGUGCACUUGGGUUUUUUCGCCACAACAAAAGCUAACACAAAUGAAGGCGAUCAAGAAGGGUAUGUUCUCACACCAUCGUCUAGGCUUCUCCUAAAGAGUGAAAUCACCAACUUGUCCCCAUUUGCUCGAGCGAUGGUGGAUCCGGUUCUGGUCACUCCAUGGCAGUUUUUGGGGGAUUGGUUCCAGGGCAAUGAGACAACAGCUUUUGAAACAGCACAUGGGGUUGGAAUGUGGGAGUUCUGUGACCAAAACCCGAAAUUUAACCACACUUUCAAUGAGGCAAUGGCCAGUGACUCCAAAAUGAUGAACUUUGUUGUUGGAGAGUGCAAGGCAGUUUUCGAAGGGUUGAGUUCAUUAGUUGAUGUAGGUGGUGGCACUGGACUAAUUGCCCGGAUCAUUUUGGAUGCGUACCCUCAUAUAAAAUGCACAGUGUUUGAUCUCCCGCACGUCAUUGCAAACUUGCUGGAGAGUAACAACUUGAGCUAUGUUGGAGGUGACAUGUUCGAGUCUAUCCCUUCCGCGGAUGCCAUUUUAUUCAAGUGUGUUUUGCACAACUGGAGUGACGAGGAUUGCGUGAAGAUUCUAAGGAGAUGCAAAGAAGCCAUUCCAAGCAAGGAUGAAGGAGGAAAGGUUAUAAUCAUAGACAUGGUGAUAGAUAGGGAGGGAGAUGUACAUGACAUAGCUGAAACAAAGCUUGUUUUUGACAUACUCAUGAUGGUUUUGGUCAGUGGCAGAGAGAGGAAUGAGAAAGAAUGGGAACAUAUCUUCUUGCAGGCUGGCUUUAGUCACUACAAGAUAACGCCCAUCUUUGGUUUAAGGUCCCUUAUUGAGGUAUAUCCUUAAGUUAUUACUGCCAAAUUUUCUACCACUCCACUUGCGAAAAUGGUCCUGUACUAAAUAGUUAAGUUGGUCAUUUUGUUGAACUUCUUGUAUUGAUAAAGUGUUCGAACUCGGAUGGCAAUGUACGUGGGUAACAUUUAUUUUGACGUUUUUUUUUCUCUCGAA